AUGGCGCUCUCCUGCAUGAGCUGCCCGUCCGUUGCUAGCGGCCCCUCCAUGCGCCGACACGCAGAGAGUCCGCCCUGGUCAUCCGUCGCCUUUUCCUUUGCUAGAUGCAUUGGGAGAUCAGCGGCCGCCGCCUCAGGGUGGCGCAUUGACGCCGUCAUCGGGAACGGAGGUGGGUGCUCUCUUCUCGACUUACUCUGUUCAGCCAGGGUGUUGAUUCUCUCCGUGCUCUUGGCUUCUCCUCCUAGGUGA